AUGUUCGUCAUGGAGCGCGCACAGCGAUCGGAUAUGCAUGUUGGAAAUCGGAAGCAGAGGAGAGCUGCAAUUGCUCGUUUAACGUGGAAUGCGAGUAGGUGUACUGCAUGCCGCCAAAGCAAAAUCAAGUGCUCUGGCGAUGAACCAUGCGUCAAUUGCCGGCGACGUUCACUCACUUGUCAGUUUUCAGAAGGGAGUAGCAAAAUUCUUGUGUCGGAAGGAUAUCUUCGUGACCUGCAGAAACAGGUCCAGGACUGGCAGCGUGCCGCCUCAGUUAAACGCCCACGCGAGGACCUAUCUCGAUUUGAUGACUACCUCGAUGCAGGGAAUACGGUGGAUGACUUCGGAGCCCCAGCUGGGCUUCUGGGCCCCAGGCCAGAAGAAUCCCCUACAUCCCCUGUAACCGAAUUAUCAUGCAAUAUCUGGACAAGUCCCUUUACACUACCUACACCAGUUAUUAAUAAUACCCAUCAGGAACAACGGAAAUGGAUUUGGCUCGCCCCAUCAUCAGCAUGGUCUCUCACAGCUCGACUGAUUGUAAUGUUGACUGAAAAACCCGACCUGGAUUCUGAUAAGGAUCCUCCGCAGUUCUACUUGGAUGGCGAUGUUUAUCCAUUUGCAUGGCCCCGCGCCACGACUCCUGGCUUACCAGAUACGAGUGGUUUACCCUCUCUUAAUUAUGCUCUUUAUCUUUUUCAAACUGUCCGGUUUCACCUUGGGCGAGCGUACAGAUUCUUUGAUGAGGAAUUGUUCAUCAACAAUAUACAUGACUUUUACAAUAGUGGUUCGGAUGAGAAAGCAGUCGAACCUCGCUUCUGGUUUGUUCAAUUUCUCAUGGUUCUUGCUCUUGGAAAUGCAUUUCUAUCAAGGCCACGCAACCAGAAAGAACCUCCUGGCUCAAAAUACUUUGCACGUGCUAUGAGUGCUAUGCCAAACUAUACGUCUACCGGAAAAGAUAGCUUGUUAGCUAUUGAAGCCUUGGCCCUGGUCGGACUAUACUUGUACGCCAUUGAUCACAGAGAGUCAGCUCAUGUGCACGUUGGUCACGCUAUACGAAUAGCGCAGAUGGAAGGGAUGCACACCCAGCUUCCCGAAGACGUUCUCGGAACGAUCUAUAAAACGGAGAAAACGCAGCUUGGAACAUUUCUAGAGAUAACUCGGAGUAUAUUGGAGACCAUGGCUAGGUACGCAGAAGAGAUCGAAAAGAUGAUCCACGUAAACUUCCAUGGUUCUAUGAACAACGUACCUGAAGAAACUCGUCAUACAAUUCUAUUGUAUCACCAGUGUGUCAUAGUCGCCACAAGGCCGUUGCUUCUAUCUGUCCUCAAAGAAAGGCUGGAGAAGUUAGGCCGCGCGGAAGAGGAUUGGCAGAAAUUUUUGGCACUUCCCAUGUCUCUGAUAUCGAUUGGCAUCAAGUCUGCUGAGAAGACUCUUCAGAUAAUAGGUGAUGGAAAUGGCCUUCUCGAAACGUUUCUACCUUUCGACCUCGAAUUGACGUACGCGGCUGCUUUACACCUAACCAUGGCCAACGCUCUAUUUCCAUCUAGCACAGACGACCGAUCAUAUAGCCAAGCCGCCCACUCAAUACUCGACGAAAUGGUUCUAUGUGGGAACCGAGUAGCAGAAGCUCGAAAAGGGGAGCUUACCCGUAUCGAAGGGCUAUUCCAGGAUCUAGCUAAGAGGGUAGAGCAGGAAGGUCUUCGAAUUCUGACAUUGUCAGAUCCAGGGCUUGCCGAGGUGAUGCCUGUGGAUAUUGCCGACGAAAUUCAUUCGGAAGAAGAAAUCCCUGUGACAGAGCCCGGGAUGACUCUUCGAUCUUCAGCUCGAGACACUCGGCCGUUUUCCGCGUAUUCGUCACCUCCCGCUAAUAUUGAUUCCCUCGAUAGCGUUGCUGAACGAAUACGAGAUGGGAUGUUAAAAUAUAUUUUCAUUACGAAAGAAAGCAUUGGCGAUGGUAUCCAUUGGGUUGCUUUUGCUAGCCAAGUGUUUAAGCUGCAUAAGAGACGAGCUGGUACGUCAAUCAUUCCCUGGAUUGGGUUUAAUAUUCAAACGAACAUUCUCAAAAUGAAGUACUUCACUGUCCUCGCAUUCUCUGCCAUGCUUCCAGCUGUCUUUGCGGCUGUCGCUGCUCCCGCUUCUUCUCUCGAGAAGAAGUCCUGCUCCGCCAGCAGCUGUCUUUGCAAUGGCAUCCAAGGCCAGUUCUGCGGUGACGAAUCUGUCAAUGCCAAAUGCCUGAACACCCAUGUCUACGAAUGCCAGUCUGGCACAGGUUAUGCCUGUGACUACGGCCGCCGGGACUCUUGCGCUAAAUGUGGCUCUCUAUCCUGCUAG